AUGUUCAAGAAGAAGAGUUUGGAAAUUCUGUUCGAUUCACCAGUGAGCGAUGAUAUGAUCAAAUUUUUAACUGAUCACGCUUUGAGAGUGAUUCCUACACAGAACAGAAACCAAAGAUACCCACCUUCACCACCGGGCACUCCAUCCAGUAAGAACCACAAUGGAGUACCCAGUCUAAUGACGUUCAUUUCGAGAUUAGUACGGUACACGAACGUUUACACAUCCACGUUGUUGACCACCGUGGUAUACCUAAACAGAUUGAGGGAGUUGUUGCCCUCCGAUGCAGCUGGUCUGCCUACUACAUGCCAUAGAAUUUUCCUAGCCUGUUUGAUUCUCAGUGCCAAAUACCACAACGAUUCCUCCCCAUUGAACAAGCAUUGGACCAAGUACACAGAUGGGAUGUUCACCUUGCGCGAUGUGAACCUAAUGGAAAGACAACUGUUACAAUUGUUUGAAUGGGACUUGAGAGUCGAAUCUGAAGAGCUAUGGGACAACUUGUAUGAUUUAGCCAACCCAAUCAGAAGAGAUUUGGAGAGAGGUGCCCAGAUCAACAAGACGAGACAAAGAGCCAAGGCUCAAGCUCAACAGAAAGCAUCUCAAUUCUACUACCAUCAACGCAACCUUUCUGCAUGUUCCAGCACUGCUACACUGCUAGGGAACAGCAGGAGUGGAUCCAUUAACAGUUUGGAUAUACUGAAGGAAUACGAAUCGUCAUCGUCGUCGUCAUCAUCGACACUGUCAUCUCCGACAUACACCGAGGAAAUGAACUACAAGAAGUAUACGAUGGAUCCUCGGUACUAUAACACUGUACGGCCGGUACAGCACACCGACCCUACAAUAUACACAUAA